GCAGCUGCCUGUGCAUUGACCACUGCCAUAUUUCGAUGUAGUACUAGUCUGAGAAGACUAAACUACUAUAUAUGGGUAGUUACAUUGUCAAGACCUUCACUUAAAGUCUAUCAAUGUGACGGCGAGCAUCAUAGACUUGAUGUCGGCAGAAAAGGAUUUUGUGGGUUCUGUGCAUCUGCUAAUCCAAGCGAUUGGCUAAUUUAGCAACAGUAAAAUGUAGCUGGGCGUUAUUAUGGUUAUAGCUGGUUUUGUCAUCCGUGCGCAAGUUGGCCAAUGAGAUAUUUCAGGGAAAUAACUCAAAGUGGAUUUUAAAAGAUCUUAUUUCAAUAAAGGAUGUCUAAUCGCCUGCGAAACACCGAGGUCUGUGCAGACUGCAGUGUGCCAGAUCCACGCUGGGCUUCUGUGAAUAGGGGCGUUUUGAUCUGUGAUGAGUGCUGCAGCGUGCAUCGAAGCCUGGGAAGACACAGCUCCCAAGUCCGCCAUUUAACGCACACACCGUGGCCUCCUACUCAGCUACAGAUGGUGCAGACUCUAUACAGCAAUGGUGCAAAUUCUAUCUGGGAGCACUCACUUUUAGACCCAACAUCUGUGAUGAGUGGAAAACGCAAGGCCAAUCCUCAGGACAAGCUGCAUCCAAACAAGUCUGAAUUUAUAAAAGCUAAAUACCAAAUGCUGGCUUUUGUCCAUCGAAUGCCAUGUCGGGAGGAUGACAGCAACACAGCAAAAGAUUUAAGUAAACAACUUCACUCAAGUGUGCGAACAGGAAACCUUGAGACAUGCUUGAGAUUACUAACAUUGGGAGCUCAAGCAAAUUUCUUUCACCCGGAAAAAGGAAGCACACCUCUGCAUGUGGCUGCGAAGGCUGGACAAGUAUUACAAGCUGAGCUGCUCACUGUUUAUGGGGCAGAUCCAGGGUCACCUGAUAGUAAUGGCAAGACUCCAAUUGACUAUGCAAGAGAAGCUGGGUAUAAUGACGUGGCAGACAGAUUGGUUGAGAUCCAGUUUGAACUUACAGAUCGACUGGCUUUUUAUCUUUGUGGGAGAAAACCAGAUCAUAGGAAUGGACAGCACUUCAUAAUCCCCCAGUUAGCAGACAGCAGUUUGGAUUUAUCAGAACUGGCCAAAUCUGCAAAGAAAAAGCUACAGUCUCUCAGUAAUCACUUAUUUGAGGAGCUCGCGAUGGAUGUGUAUGAUGAGGUUGACCGGCGAGAGACAGAUGCAGUGUGGCUGGCUACACAGAAUCAUAGCACCCUUGUGUCUGAGACAACUGUGGUGCCUUUUCUUCCUGUCAACCCCGAAUAUUCUUCCACUAGAAAUCAGGGACGUCAGAAACUUGCAAGAUUUAAUGCACACGAAUUUGCAACUCUUGUCAUUGAUAUAUUAAGUGAUGCUAAACGCAGACAGCAAGGGAAUUCAGGAGUCAGUCCCCAAGAUAAUUUAGAUCUAAUUUUCAAAAAUCUAUCUGUAAAGCAUUUUGGUGGUAGUCCAGAUAACGACCAGCCUGACUAUGACAGUGUGGCUUCUGAUGAGGACACUGAUCAAGAUAUGCCCACCAGCAAAGAAGACAGAACAAAGAGCCUGGAUUCAGACCUCUCAGAUGGCCCCAUAACUAUGCAAGAAUAUAUGGAUGUGAAAAAUGCUCUCACUCUUUCUGAGGCAAAGAUUCAGCAGCUAAUGAAAGCCAACAGUAACCUGAGCGACGAGUUGAGGUUGAUGCAGAAAAAGCUUCAAUCUCUGCAAACUGAGAACUCCUCUCUAAGGCGGCAGGCCAGUCCCAGUCAGUAUCAGAGUCCCAGCAGCUCAGAGCACCCUGACCCCUCCAGCCCCUCCGCCCACAAGCGGAGACAGUCUUCACGAGCCAGUCGGCCCAUGUCUAUGUAUGAGACUGGCUCAGGUCUGAAGCCCUAUAUCCCUAAAGGGGAAAUGCCCUACCCCGAGGAGACCCUCCUUACCCUGCAACCCUUUACACCUCAUACGGAAAGGGGUGCUUUUGGUGUUACCUCCUCAUCUCUACCCUCAUUUCCAUCCACCUUGUCAUGGUUUAAAGAAGACAGUGUUGUGAAGGCUUCAAAGUUGGAUAAGCAGAUGAGCAUGCCUGAAAGCGAUUAUGAUAAUGCAUUUAAUGACUCAGAGAUGGACGACAUGAGUCUCUGUAGGAGAGGAAGGCUGCGCAGCAGUGGCUGGCCGGGAGAGGGAAGCUCAAUCCCAGAGUUUGAUGAUGUAGAGAUGGAAACAGACCCCACACUUCCCAGCACUGAAGACGUCAUCCGCAAAACAGAGCAGAUAACCAAAAAUAUCCAGGAGUUGCUGCGAGCGGCCCAAGACGGCAAACACGAGAGCUUCAUACCCUGCUCAGAAAGAAUUUAUGUGGCUGUAACAGAAAUGGCUGCCCUCUUUCCAAAGAAACCUCGUUCAGAGACCGUGAGAGGCUCUCUGCGUUUGUUGACAUCCAGUGCCUGUCGACUGCAGGCUGAAUGUAAGAAGGCUGUGCCUUCAAAUGGCGGCCAGGCUCCGGAUAUGCAGCUGGUCACACAGCAGGUCAUACAAUGUGCUUAUGACAUUGCUAAAGCAGCCAAGCAGCUAGUGACCAUCACCACAAAGGAGAACACCAACUAAGAGCACUUGAAGCCAACAUCUCAUUUCAUAUUUUUGUAGUGUUUUAUUUUCAAAAAUUGCAUUUGUGAUAUAUGCAUGUUGUUAUUUAUUUUGAGUAAAGCUGACAAAUGUAUAUUAGAUAUGUCAAUAAUUAAUAUGUGCACAAGGAAAAAAAACAAAAACUAAAAUAGUAUAUAUUGCACAAGUACAGUCCUGUAAUUCAGACAAUAUACUGGAAAUAGCUAGCAGGCCUAGGAAAUAUGAAUUAUGUAAAUUGUGUCAAGAGCUGGUAAUGUAUCGUACAUAUAUUUGUCUUUUAUGGUUUAAUACUACAUGUAUCCAUAUGCAUAUGGAUCAUCCCAAAGCAUCAAUGGAUACUUAAAGCCAUAAAUGAGUGAGAACUUUACUGCGACAAGAUAGUAAUUUAACACUCUAUCUAAGAGCUUCCCUUUAUUUAUUGCACUGUGCAAGCCUCAACCACUGUAUGUUUACCCAUCUAAACAGAAUGGGUCAGGUCUCCUUGUUGUGAUUUUAUGUACCUUCAGUUCUUCGCUUCAGUGUUUGAUGAAAAAUCGCAAGGCUGGUCCCCCACAUACUUUAAUUUAGUUAGCAGUUCAUGUAUAAUAGUGUUUUUUGUAUAGUGUGUCUGUUCUUCGAUAUAAGUUCAAUCAACAAUGAACUGUAAAAUGUUUAUAUUGCUGUGUUUUCAUGAAACUCUGGACUAUAUUAUCUGUGCCAGUAACAGUGUUGGGGCUAAGAUACAAAGCAAAAGCUAUUAAUGGUGUGCAUUUCAAUGUGUGUGUUUUUUUAUGUGCAACAAAUGGGGUAAUACAAGUUUUAAAGGUUAUACCACAUGUUCUCUGCCAUUUCAAACUAAAAUAAUGCUCUUCUCUGUCCUACAAAAUGCAUCCAUGUGUGGCAUG